AAAAAAAAAAAAAGUGUAUGGACAGACGCACAUAUAAAUAUGUUCCCAAUACCCAGUUGAAGGAUUUAGGGCAUUUCUCCGUGCUUUCCAUUGUUUUUCCUUCUGAUGCAAGAAAAACAGGACACAGUUGAAGACUCAGAAGAAGAACAAUAGAGAUUACGGAGUGGUUUUCGCUUUUCACAACUUCGAUUUCGCCGGCGAAUCCUUUAUCGGAAUCUUGAAUCUGCUCAGGAACGGCAUUUUCAAUGGCGCUGUCGGCUUCGGACCUGCCGGCGAUAUACUCGUUGCUGACGAACUCAAUGAGCGGCGACGAGAGCGUCCGUAAGCCCGCGGAGGCCGCGCUCGCUCAAUGCGAGGCCAGGCCUGGCUUCUGUUCUUGUCUCAUGGAAAUUAUAAGUGCCAAGGACUUGGCAUCUCAGGUGGAUGUUCGUUUGUUGGCGUCAGUGUGUUUUAAGAAUAGUAUCAAUCGCUAUUGGAGGAAUAGACGCGAUUCCUCGGGAAUUAGCAAUGAGGAGAAAGUACAUCUGAGACAUAAACUGUUGUCGCACUUGAGAGAAGAAAACUAUCAGAUAGCUUUAACUCUGGCUGUGCUCAUUUCAAAAAUUGCUCGAAUUGAUUAUCCCAAAGAAUGGCCAGACCUCUUUUCAGUUUUAGGACAACAACUUCAAUCAGCAGAUGUUCUUUCUUCCCACAGGAUCUUUUUGAUCCUCUUCCGGACCUUGAAAGAACUGUCCACUAAGCGUCUCCCAGCAGGCCAGCGGACCUUUGCAGAGAUAUCAUCCCAUUUAUUUGAUUAUAGCUGGCAGCUUUGGCAGUGUGAUGUGCAGACCAUAUUACACGGGUUCACCACAAUUACCCAGAAUUUUACCUCAAAUGCUCAGGAGCAACAGCAAGAGGAACUUUAUCUAAUCUGUGAGCGGUGGUUGUUAUGCUUAAAGAUCAUACGUCAGUUGGUAAUUUCUGGAUUUGCAAGCGAUAAAAAAAGUGUACAGGAGGUCAGACCAGUCAAGGAGGUCUCACCAGUGCUCCUGAACGCCAUUCAGUCAUUUCUUCCAUACUAUUCAUCAUUUCAAAAGGGACAUCCUAAAUUUUGGGAAUUCAUAAAGAGGGCGUGUAUUAAGCUGAUGAAGGUUUUAAUUGUAAUUCAAGAAACACAUCCUUUUUCAUUCAGCGAUAAAAGUGUGCUUCCAGUUGUCAUGCUUUUCUGUUUAAAUAAGAUAAAAGAUCCUGAGCCAGAUGUAAUAUCAUUUGAACCAUUUUUUAUUCAAUGUAUGGUAUUGGUGAAAUGUGUAUUGGAAUGUAAAGAAUACAAGCGAAGUCUCAUUGGUCGGGUAAUAGAAGAAAAUGGAGCUACACUGGAACAGAUGAAGAAAAACAUAUCCAAUGCUGUUAAUGGUGUCUUGACUUCGCUUUUGCCAAGUGAACGUAUAAUACACUUAUGCAAUGUAUUGAUAAGAAGGUAUUUUGUUUUGACUCCUAAUGAUUUGGAGGCGUGGUACCAGAAUCCUGAAUUGUUUCAUCAUGAGCAAGAUAUGGUUCAAUGGACAGAAAAAUUAAGGCCUUGUGCUGAGGCUUUGUAUAUUGUUUUGUUUCAUAACCACACUGAGCUUCUAGGUCCUGUUGUGGUUUCCAUCCUUCAAGAAGCAAUGAAUGGUUGCCCCACAUCAGUUACUGAACUCACUCCAGGGUUGCUUCUUAAAGAUGCUGCUUAUGGUGCUGCUGCAUACGUUUAUUAUGAGCUUUCAAAUUACCUGAGCUUUAAAGAUUGGUUUAAUGGUGCAUUAUCUCUUGAUCUCUCAAAUGAUCAUCCAAAUAUGCGGAUCAUCCAUCGGAAAGUUGCACUUAUACUGGGACAAUGGGUAUCUGAGAUUAAAGAUGACACAAAACGACCAGUGUACUGUGCUCUGAUAAAAUUGCUGCAGGACAAAGACCUAUCUGUCGGAUUGGCAGCCUGUCGGUCAUUGUGUCUGCAUAUUGAAGAUGCUAACUUUUCAGAGAAAGAAUUCACUGAUCUUCUUCCCAUAUGCUGGGAUUCAUGUUUUAAGUUGGUUGAGGAAGUUCAAGAGUUUGAUUCAAAGGUACAGAUUUUAAAUCUGGUCUCCAUUCUUAUUGAACACGUGACUGAAGUCCUUCCAUUUGCAAACAAAUUGGUGCCAUUUUUCCAGAAGGUUUGGGAGGAUUCUUUUGGUGAAAGCCUUCUUCAGAUUCAACUUCUUAUUGCUCUCAAGAACUUUGUUGUUGCAUUGGGCUAUCAGUCGCCUGUUUGCUAUGAUGUGCUACUGCCCAUUCUGCAAAAGGGAAUCGACAUCAAUAGCCCCGAUGAACUCAAUCUUUUGGAGGACAGCAUGCUGUUAUGGGAAGCUACGCUUUGUCAUGCUCCUUCGAUAGUGCCUCAACUGUAUGCAUACUUCCCUUGUCUAGUGGAAAUCAUGGAAAGAAGUUUUGAUCACUUGGAGGUUGGCAUCAACAUAAUUGAUGAUUACAUUAUUUUGGGUGGAAUGGAAUUUCUAAGUACGCAUGCUUCCAAUGUUGCCAAACUUCUUGAUCUGAUUGUUGGAAAUGUCAAUGAUAGCGGAUUACUUUCAACUCUUCCAGUCAUUGAUACUCUAAUACAGUGUUUUCCUAUGGAAGUACCCCCCUUGAUCAGUAGUACUUUACGAAAAUUAAUGGUUGUAUGUCUGAGUGGAGGAGAUGACUACGAACCAUCUAAGACAACUGUUAAAGCAUCUUCAGCUGCCAUCUUUGCAAGAAUUUUGGUUAUGAAUACAAAUUUUCUAGCUCAGUUGGCUGCAGAGUCGUCACUUUUACAACUUCUUCAAAAUUCAGGUGUCUCAAUUGGAGAAAAUGUACUUCUUGGUCUUAUUGAUGUAUGGCUUGAUAAGGUUGAUAAUGUCUCUUCUGUUCAGAGGAAGGCAUAUGGUUUAGCCUUGUCUAUCAUUCUGAAAUUAAGAUUGCCUCAAAUCCUUGAGAAACUUGAUCAGAUCCUGAGUGUGUGUACGAGUGUAAUCUUAGGUAGCAAUGAUGACAUAUCAGAAGAGGAAUCCAGUGGUGAUAAUACGAUUUCCAGCAGGGCUCAUGGUGCAGAUACUAUUCCAAGUAGAGAAUUGCGAAGAAGACAGAUAAAGUUUUCAGAUCCUAUCAACCAAUUAUCACUUGAGGCCUCAGUGAGAGAAAAUUUACAAACAUGUGCAGCCCUCUAUGGGGAAUCUUUUAAUGCGGCCAUUAGUAGCAUGCAUCCUGCAGCAUUUGCACAACUAAAACAGGCGUUGAAGAUGCCAUAGCCGGGCGAUACUCCCACUGUUUCAAAAUCUGGGAUAUUGGGCAACGUUGAAGUUUGAGGCUUUCUGGAUGGGUGGUUUCUACAUUCUUUUCUUCUUUGUUCUUGUAAUUGUUUCAGCUGGGUUUUGCUUCCUGUUUAUAUCUUCAAUCUCAUUUGUAUAUGCCAUUUGGACAACAGGAAAAUUUGUAAAUAGGUUGCCAAUCUUUUUGUCGGUAUAUACAAGGCGCACAAAUGAUUGCGGCAUGGACAUCAAACCAAAAUUUUACAAGAAUGAGAAUCGGAAAAGCUAGCGAGGCGGUUCACCUAUUUGCUUUUUGAGUUUUAUAUAGUUUGUUUUUUGUUCAGUUUCAGCUGUGGGAAGGUUUUGUAAUCGUAAAAGCUUGGGCUGGGAGUAAUUGGUUUGAGAGUUCAAGUUGAAAUUUCACUCUUUUGAUUCAAGGAGAUGGAAGUGAAUCUUUGUAAUUUUGUGAUUCUGGAUCUUAAAAUCCAAACGGUUUGGAUUA